GGCGACCGAGGACCUGCUGCUGGCCGACCUGGCCGCGCCUCCGCCGGCCGCCGAGCACGACCUGCUCGGCGCGCUGUAGCGCCGCACCGCGGACUGACGAAGAACCUGCGGUGUGCGUCGCGCUCGCUAAAUGUAUCUGUGUCUCAUGCGCGGCUUUCAUUACUCCGGUCGUCAUCUGCCUUGCUCUUGCGACGUGAUUGGUUUUCUGUUUUUGUUCAUCGUAGUGAUCAUUCGAGGACAUCAUGUGACGCUGCUAGUCAUUGUUUCUGAUGAGCUUGUAUCGUCUGGGCCUGAUGCUCAUGUGCUUCUCAGCUGCAUUUAGAUGACUGAUCUCUGGGAACCUGGGUCUUCAACGGUUGUUAAUCUCUGAGAACCUGUGUCUUCAACGGUUAUUAAUUGCGGUUGUGCCAUAAAGGAUUUGAUUUCGUAUCGUCGUUCCUAUUUUGCUUAUGUGUGCUAUGUUUGUUAGUGUCAGUAAGAUAUGUAUGGUGUUCGAAACUGUUGUUGCCUUGAUUGAAAUGUGGUGUUGCUUACGUCACAGAAGUGACUUGAAAACUCAUUAAGUGAAAAGCUAAUUAACUUUUUAACUUAACAUUAGAACUCAACUACCUUAACUUAAAAUGGCCUAUUAACUUAAAAGUUAAGACGUAUUAACCUUUAAAACUCAGUACCAACUGAAUUAAAAUGAUCCUUGAAUCAUUAUAUGCGUCUUAGCAAUUAAGUGAAAUGCAUCAUGAACGAAUUUCUCAUCAUGGACAUCGCUCGCACACCCGACAAGGCCAAACAUGGAACGGGCGCCCAGACGCAGGACAUUGUUGAUGGCGCCCAAAUAUGCAACAGUGAUUGACAUAUUUUGUGAUAGAGUGGUCUUUGUUUUUCAGGUAUUGCGUGUUUUUUUGUUGUUGCAAAAUCUUAACAGCCAGUGGGUAUUCAAAUUAAUGAAUCAUAUGCCUUUUGCCCACAAAAUGAAAACAAUCAAGGUAAUCUGAUCAUUUGUUUGUUUUUGUUUGUUUUUUUUUUUGCUAGAGCGUGCUCGUUAAGACGAAACCGAGUGGGUUUUUUUUAUUCCCCAACUUACGAUACGCUUUUUCCCCUGCCCUCAUGGGCGUAGGAACAGGGAGCGCCAGGGGGCGUGGCCUUCCCCCCACUUUGCAAGGUGGGAGAGGGGCAGCAGUGUUAACCUCCCCCACUUUUCAGAAUAAG